AGCGGCAACCUUGCAGAUCCGCCAAUGGUGGUCGCAGGAGUUUGCCUGUCGCCGUCAUGUUCAGAAAACUUUGGUCCAAAGAUGGUGAAGCUUUUACUUCACACGAAGAGGCUGCAGUGAUCAGGUUGGCUUCGGCUCACAGUCGCCUGGUUGUGGAGGGUGGCCGUGUCAACACAAAGAGUGAGGCUGGGUUCAAUUCAUGCGCUUUAUUUUUGGAAUGCCUUGACGCAACCGAGAGAGCGAUGCACCUUGAUGCGGCGCCAAGAAAGUACCGGGCUUCUUUCACCAUCAACUAUCGAGCUCUUUUUCCAGACGAAGCUCGCAACUAUCGAGUAGAUGUUCUUGAAGCAAGUGUUGAGCAGUAUGCGGUUAUUUGGGUCAACGGGGAUAAGUUCGAGUUCAGCGCAGAAGCAAUGCGCCGUGCAGAGGCACUGCAGAGAUGCUGGGCUGACUUGGCUGUGCUACUUGAACGCUGGAACUCAGAGGCAAGAGCACACCGACCAGCAAGAUCAGAACUGCGCUCUGCACUUGUUGCAUUAGAUUCUGCAUGGGCCAGCUUUGAGCACAAGUACAUUAUGGAAUUGAUCGAAAUCGAAGAAAAGGCUAGAAGGCUUGUUGUGCAGGCCAUCGAGCGUGAAAGACAAUUGCACUUGAUAGAGGCGCGCAAUGUUCAACCUUUAUGUCAGCAAGUCGAGUACAAGGAGGAACUCCGGAGCUUUGUGGCCUGCAUCGCCCAUCUCAACUCUGUAGCAAAUGUUCGACGCAAGGGCAGAGAUGACUUGAGCAUGGAGGUAUUGCUGGAAGCAAUGCAAACGUUGUCGCGCUGCGAUGAUCAAGAGAAAGGUGGUGAGAAUUCGGAGAAGCUUGCAGCUGCGAGGAUCCUUGCCAAAGACGUCCUCGACUCUUUCACGGCUAUGCGAGAGUACCUUCGAGAGGUUGGACGUUGCCUGGAGCGAGUAGAUCCACAUUUAUGCAACAAUGUUGGCCUUGUUGCACGGUUAGUUGACUGGGAAGAGAGUUGGGAGGUUGGAACCCGCUAUGUGCAACAGGAGAAAAUGCUAACCGCUGUCUGUGAUUUAGUUGCGGAGAUUCGGGCGGCUCAACGGAUAGCCCCAGCUUUGGCGCAAAUGUGUGAAGAGUGUGAUGUGGAAAUGUUCAUGGUGAUGCCUAGGCUUGCAUGGCUCAGGUUUUUGGACAGGCCAGAGCAGCUUCAGGGCCUUUUCAAAAGUCUCUUGCCGCACCGGUUUGACAUCAACCCCGAGACUGAGAAGCCCGUGGAUGCUGAACUUGAGGGCUUGAUGUGCAAGUUUGACGAAGCAAAGAACCUUUUGGUGGCCACGAUGAACAAAAAGCAAAGUGGCCAGCUCGAGAAAGAUCUGGAGGAUGCAACAUGGACACUGCUUGUGAAGCGGGUUGUGAACGGAGCGAACGGGGAGGACACAUACAAGUGGAUCGCUCCGAGCCUGCGAGAGCCUGCUGAGAAAGCUGUCGAGGACUUGAUGCGCGACCUGGAAGCAUGGAGCAUGGAACUGGCCAGGCAUUGUCCAGAGGACUGGAAUCAAUGCUGCGGUAUUUUGGUGCAAUGCCUCUCUGGCUCGGAAAAGGAAGCGAACAAAGCUCCGUUUCGAGUGUGAUUUGCCCGUGCGCAAACGCUCAUACUGAGCAGAACACUUCAAGGUGAAAUUACGAACAAUCGCAGAACCAGUGUCAAAAUAGAAUCCAUCAUCCAGUGAAUCCAGUGGUGUUGGUUGCAUGAUAUGACGGACUAAGUUUUUCACAAUCUCUGAAGGGCUCUCAGCCAUCAUAAGCUGUGUGCAGCCUUUCCAUGUGCCAUGAGCGAAGCUCUACCCACAUUUUGUUCAAGUCGCUGCACAAGAUCGUCUUUUUCCCAAAGGGAAAUUGACUCUUGAAUGUUUUAGGACUCAACCUGCGCGCAUAAUGC